CCCUUACACGCCUCCCUGACACCCUUACACGCCUCCCUGACACCCUUACAACGAAAGUCACACCAUUGUGACGCCGUCACACCACUGGUGGGCUCAGUGUUGAGUCAGCCAGGCAGGGGAGCGGGUGUACUUUCUGCUUUUCUUUGUGCAAAGACACCGAGCUCAGAAAAUGGAUGUGUGGAUAUGGGCUGUGCUGGUGGUGAUGUUAGUGACUGGGACCCAGGCAGAUACUCCUGCUAACUGUACUUUUGAUGAUAUCCGAGGAGACUGGACAAUCUACGAGACUGAACGCACUGGGGAUGAUAAUAUCGUCUGCGAUGAGAUGGGUCCCAUAGUACAUAAGAAGACAAUCAGCCUCAUGUACCCCAAUGUAGCAGUGGAUGAGUUUGGUAAUGAAGGCACCUGGACCAUGGUCUACAACCAGGGCUUUGAGAUCAAAGUCUCUGGCAGGUCAUACUAUGCCUUCUCCUUGUAUGAAAAGAGCGGGAAAACAGUGAUAUCUCUCUGCGACAAGACAAUGGUUGGCUGGUCCAGAGACAUCACAGUCAGAAAUUGGGCCUGUUAUCGGGCACAGAAAAAGACCCUAGUUACCCCGAAAAACCACACUCUCAGCUACAUGCUUCAGGAGGAUGGAUUGUAUAAGUACAAUAAAGCCUUUAUCCAGAGUAUUAAUGCCAAGCAAAGUAAAUGGUGGGCUGGUGUUUAUCCAGAAUACGAGCUGAUGACUAUGAUGGAUCUCCUGAGGAGAGCUGGUGGCAGAGCGUCGUCAAUGACGAGUAGAGCUCGUACAGCCCCAGCUACCUUCUAUACCCGCCUGCGUGAUGCUGGAAUGCCAGCUGCUUGGAACUGGCGUAAUGUGUCUGGCAUCAACUAUGUUUCUCCAAUUAGGAACCAAGGAAAUUGUGGAUCAUGUUAUGCCUUUGCAUCGAUGGCUGGGCUCGAAUCCCGUAUCAGAAUUCUCGCCAACAACACUCAGCAGCCAGUUUUCUCUCCCCAGGAUAUUGUGGGAUGCUCACAUCUCUCUCAAGGAUGUGAGGGAGGGUUUCCCUUCCUCAUUGCUGGCAGGUAUGCUCAGGAUGUUGGCGUAGUGUUGGAGGAGUGUUCCCCAUAUGAAGGAAAGGAUGAUGCAUGUCAAACCAAUAAAAGCUGUGCCCGUCAUUAUACUUCCUAUUACCGAUAUGUUGGAGGUUACUUUGGUGGUUGUAAUGAAGAGGAGAUGAAGAUAGCUCUGGUGAAGGGUGGUCCUCUUCUGGUUGGAUUUGAAGUAUACGAUGAUUUUCUUCAUUACAAGGGUGGUAUUUACCACCACACUGGACUCUAUGACAAGUUUAAUCCACUAGAGCUAACAAACCAUGCAGUUUUUGUUAGUGGGAUAUGGAGUCAGAUGAAACUGAAAAAAGUUCUGGAUUGUAAAGAAUUCAUGGGGUGAAGCCUGGGGUGAAGAUGGUUACUUCAGGAUUCAGCGAGGUGUUGAUGAAUGUGGUAUAGAGUCCAUGGCUGUUGAAGUGGUUCCAAUUCCUUAACUCUGAGAUAACAAUAUAACUAGAAAUAAGAUACUAAUGAUCAACAGGAACAGUUAAACGCUAUACUAGUUAAAAUGCUUACCAUUCAAAAAUAAAAGGGAGGAAAGCAUACCAAUAUCAAGGCAAAUAUGCAAUGAAAAAUGAUGCAUAUGCAAAAAAGUGGAAAAGAGAAGAAUAGUUAUUACAAGAUCAAAGUGGUACUUAGUUUUGGAAUGGUAAAAUUCAGUCUUAUUAGUAUUAUUAACGGAAUGGAUAGAAAAUAUAAGGAUGGAAGGUAAAAAUUAGGACAUACAGUGGAACCUCGGGUUACGAGUUUAAUCCAUUCUGUGACCUUGCUCAUAUCCUGAUCUGCUCGUAUGCAGAGUCAAUUUUCCUCAUUUUAGUUAAUUGAAAUGCCAUUAAUCCGUUCCAGCGGAAUUCCUGCUCACUUUGUGCACAUAAAAUGAGGUAAACGAGUGUGUGAUUGACUUGACUGCCUGAAUUGAUUGAAUGACUUAACUGACUGAAUGUCUUAGACUUUUUCACUGAAGAGGACCCUGAAACGAUGUCUAGAGCAUCCGAUGCCGUACCGUCAGUUGUAUAAUGUACUGCAGGGUAAAAUAAAACAGAAAUCCAUUACAGAAUUUAUGCUUACUCCAGUUCAACUAUCGACUUCAGCACCAGAACCUCUACCAUCCACCUCAGCCCAGUAGGGCCACAGCAUAACUCUCCACUCUCUUCACAAUCAUCGACAAACACCAGCACCCACAAUUUAAGGUAAGAAAGUCUAUUAUUUCUGUUGCAGUUAGUCUUAAGCAUUAAAAACAGCAUUAUACAUCAUGACAAUGAACUACAAUUAUAUAUUUACUUUUAUUUUUGUAAGAUCUGGAGUCCAAAAAAAAAAAAAGUUGUUUGAGGGGGAAGCUCGCAUCCUGAACUUUUGCUCUUAUCCAGAGAUGAAAAAUCGAUAGAGCUACUGCUCGUAUCCUGAGAAAACUCAUAGUGGGGCACUCGUAAGUUGAGAUUCCACUGUAUUAAAAAGGGACCAGUCAUUGAUAAAGCAGAGAUAAUAGGAGUAAUAAAUGAAAUGCUAAAAAAAAAUUUAAAGCCACUUACUAUUUAUAUUUGAAGCUUCAUUUAAUUUUUAAGCACCAUUGUUGACCAUGCCAACAAAUUUUUGUGCACAUUUUCACUGGUCAAUAUUUUAAGGAAAGUUUCACUUGAAAGACUAAUUUUUUAAGUGAUAGUGUACUGUACUAUCCUUGUUAAAUACCUGAAUAAUCCAAAUAUCAUUUCUGUAUGACUUUUUUUUUUUUUUAUAACAUUGACAGUAGCCACCCUUCUUAAUGGCACAAAUCUUGUUUUAAGAUCACUCCUUAACUAUUCACGGUACAAUUCUGUACAAGGAAGUAUUAAGAAAGAUAUGAGAAGUCUAAUUACAGGGUGGUGAAGAUGUCUCAAAUAGUUAAUAAAACUAAGUUGUUGUAUUUGAUACAGAUGGAUACCAGAAGUUAUUUUAUUUUUGACCAAAAGACUGAUGUGAGUUUAACAUUGUGGAUAUACUGCAUUUUAAUUUUUCUCUGUACUGUAGAUUAGUACAUUUUUCUAGAGCAAGUACAUUUGCAGAGCUUACCUUUAUAAACUAUUGUUUAGUAUAUGUUACAAUAAAGUAUUAUAUAUUUGG